GGAGGAGGGGACAGGGUCGCGCGAGGGUGGGAGCGCGCCGAGGCGGGGGUCCCGCCGCGCGGGGCGGAGGCGGGCGUGGGCCCCGGCGGGGCGAGGCGAGAGGCGGCGGGGGACGCGGUGGCGCUUCAAGCGCCCAGCGAAUCACAGCGUUCCUAGCAGGUGUGAAGCAGUGUCACCACACUGGUUUCCGUGUGCAUCUCCACCUGGCUAAUGCUGAGCAUCUUUCAUGUACCGACCCGCCAUGGGCGUAUUGUCUUUGGAGAAGUAGGGAUUCAGGUCCUUUCCCCAUUUGAAAACUUCAAAAAUGUUUCAAAUUCCCGUGGAAAAUCUCGACAACAUCAGGAGGGUACGAAAAAAGGUGAAAAGCAUUCUUGUGGACAUUGGGCUGGAGAGCUGCAAGGAGCUGCUGCAGGACCUUAAAGGCUUUGACCCAGGAGAGAAGUACUUUUAUAACACAUCAUGGGGAGACAUUUCUCUCUGGGAACCUUCUGGAAAGAAAGUGAGAUACCGAACAAAGCCGUACUGUUGUGGCCUCUGUAAAUACUCUACAAAAGUGCUUACUUCGUUCAAAAAUCAUUUACAUCGCUACCAUGAAGAAGAAAUUGACCAAGAGCUGGUGAUCCCUUGCCCAAACUGUGUGUUUUCCUCUCAGCCCAAGGUGGUGGGGAGGCAUUUCAGAAUGUUCCAUGCGCCUGUUCGGAAAGUCCAGAACUACACAGUGAACAUCCUAGGUGAGACUAAGUCGUCUAGGAGUGAUGUCAUCAGCUUUACGUGUUUGAAGUGUAACUUCUCCAACACUUUGUACUACAGCAUGAAGAAGCAUGUGCUGGUGGCCCACUUCCACUACCUGAUUAAUUCCUACUUUGGCCUGCGAACGGAGGAAGUGAGUGAGCAACCCAGAACUGACGACCCCCCUUCGACGGAGAAGAUGCCGCCCUCUGACAAGUAUUACUGUAAAAAGUGCAAUGCCAAUGCCAGCAGCCAGGAUGCAUUAAUGUAUCAUAUUUUGACAUCAGAUACACACAGAGAUUUGGAGAAUAAGCUCAGGUCCGUGAUUUCGGAGCACAUCAAGAAGACUGGACUUCUGAAGCAAAUGCACAUCGCUCCCAAACCCGCGGCACACUUGGCCAUUCCCCCGAGCGGCGGCGCUCUGGGUGUCCCUGCCACGUCCCCUUGCUUUCAUCUCGCCUUGCCACCAAGCAGCCAAAGCCAGACCGCCGUCCAGCCAGUUCAGGGCACGGUCCAGCCAGUGACGGUGACCUCGGGCGUUUCCGGAAGCCUCACCCAUUCUCCGCCCUCCGCUGCCCAGUCCCACGUGACUCUGGUCUCCAGUCCCCUGCCCGGGGGCCAGAGCGGCCUCACUCUGCCGCCCGCACCGCCGCAGCCUGUCUUCCUGUCUCCUGGAGUCCCGCUUCGCCAGCCAGCCAACCCCCCUGUGCUGCCCCUGAGUCGGCCAGUGGGGCCCGUCAAGUCCGUCGGCACCGGUGUCCUGCCCGUGAACCCGACCAUCCGACCAGGGGUGUUACCCCUCAGCCGGCCUGUUGGGCCCGUAAGCCGACCAGUUGGGCCUGGAGUUCUGUCGGUGAACAGGCCCGUCGGGCCAGCUGUCCUCCCUGUCAGCCCCUCUGUCACUCCCGGCGGCGUUCUUCAGGCCGUCUCCCCAGGAGUGAUUUCUGUGAGCCGGACUGUCCCAUCAGGCGUCCUUCCUGCAGGCCAGAUGACCCCUGCUGGGGUUAUCCCUUCAGGACAGACAGCAACUUCUGGGGUGCUCCCUGCUGGCCAGAUGGUCCAGUCUGGGGUUCUCCCCAUCGGCCAGACGGCUCCGUCGGGGGUCCUUCCCCCUGGGCUGACGGUGCCGCCACGGCCGCUCCCUCCCGGCCAGGCGGUCCCGCUGCGGGUUCUCCCCGCAGGCCAGGUGGUCCCACCUGGGCUCCUCUCUCCCAGCCAGACAGUCUCGUCCAACCUGCUCCCUGGGAGCCAGGCUGUGAACUCUGGCGUGCUGCAUCUCAGCCAGCCGGUUGUGUCAGGGGUUCUUCCGGUGAGCCAGCCGGGGAGGCCUGGGGUCCUGCAGCUCAGUCAGUCUGUGAACCCCAACAUCCUGCCCGCGAGCCAGCCGGGGAGGCCUGGCGCUUCGCAGAACACUGCCUUCCUGACGUCAGGCUCCAUUCUCAGGCAGCUGAUACCUACGGGGAAGCAGGUGAACGGGAUCCCCACGUACACACUUGCCCCAGUGUCUGUCACACUGCCCGUGCCCCCUGGAGGCGUCGCAGGGGUCACCCCGCCCCAGGUGCCCAUCCAGCUCCUGCAGUCGGGCGCAGCCGCACAGAUGGCCGGUCCCGUGGCCGGCAUGCCCUCCCCGUCUGUGGUGGUGAGCGCGUCUCCGAGCGUGUUCCUGCAGCCCCCCGCCCCUGGGGCAGAGGCGGGCCCGGGGCUCAAGCCAGCGAAGCAGUGGAAAACCUGCCCGGUGUGCAACGAGCUCUUCCCAUCCAACGUCUACCAGGUCCACAUGGAGGUGGCUCAUAAGCACAGCGAGUCCAGAGCCGUUGAGAAGCUGGAGCCGGAGAAGCUGGCUGCGUGCGCGCCGUUCUUGAAGUGGAUGAGGGAGAAGACGGUCCGGUGCCUGUCCUGCAAGUGCAUGGUCUCGGAGGAGGAGCUCAUGCGCCACCUGCUGAUGCACGGCCUGGGCUGCCUCUUCUGCCCACGCACGUUCCACGACAUCAGGGGCCUCGCGGAGCACAGCAGGACCACGCACCUGGGCAAGAAGAAGCUGCCCGUGGAUUACAGUAACAAAGGUUUCCAGCUGGACAUCGAUGCCAACGGCAACCUGCUCUUUCCCCACCUCGAUUUCAUUACCAUGUUGCCAAAGGAAGAGCUGGGGGAGCGGGAGGUCUACUUGGCAGUCCUGGCUGGGAUACACUCCAAGUCGCUCGUGCCCGUGUACAUUAAGGUGAGGCCGCAGUCGGAGGGUGUGCCUGGGGGCCCCAGCAAGCAGGUGUUGACCUGCCCUUUUUGCUUCGGCACCUUUCUGACAACCGAGGCGUAUGAGCUGCACUUGAAGGACAGGCACCACAUCACCCCCACAGUCCACACCAUCCUGAAGUCUCCAGCUUUCAAGUGCAUCCACUGCUGUGGGGUCUACACCGGGAACAUGACGCUGGCGGCCAUCGCCAUCCACCUGCUGCGCUGCAGGAGCGCCCCGAAGGACAGCAGCUCGGACCUGCAGGCCCAGCCCGACCUCAUCGAGGACAGCGAGCUGCUGCUGGUCAACGGCGAGGUGGUGCACGACCCCAGCCUCGCCGUGAAGAGAAAGCUGCCCGAGGGCCCGCCCGGGGCUGAGGAGGCGCGGGGAGGGGAGCAGCGGCCUCUGGUCGUGAGCGCGGAGGGGGGCCCGGCUCCAGAGAAGGCGCUGAGUGUCGCGCCUUUUAAACGACAGAGAAAUGAGAGCAGGACGGAGGGACCGCUGGUCGUGAACGAGGACGCGCUUCAGAUUUUAGCAUUAAAUCCCAGAAAGUAUGAAGACCGUUCUUACGAAGAAAAAAAGCAAUUUCUUAAAGAUUAUUUCCACAAGAGACCGUACCCCAGUAAAAAGGAAAUAGAGCUGCUAUCCUCACUCUUGUGGGUGUGGAAAAUUGACGUGGCUUCGUUUUUCGGAAAAAGAAGAUAUAUUUGCAUGAAAGCAAUAAAAAGUCACAAGCCUUCUGUCCUUUUAGGCUUCGAUAUGUCUGAACUCAAAAAUGUUAAACACAGAUUGAACUUUGAGUAUGAACCACAAAAUGUAAAAAAUUAGGAAAGUAGUUUUUUCAAUUGAGGUUUUUUGAAAAUGUUAUUUUCUUCACUGUAUAUUGAACUAAUCAAUUUCAGUGGUCUUUAUGCUGCUCUUUAGGUGUAUUUCAGGUGCUCAGCAAGACUUCUGUACGAAGAAGUGAUAGUUCUUUCAGAGUUACUAUUCCCUGCAGUUGGGUUUUGUCACAGUUAUUUUUAGUUUGUUUUCUCUGUCGAGUCAAUUAAAUCUCUCGAUGUUCCACGCACGCCUUGCUUUCCCGGUAGUGUCAGGACCGCACGAUAAAAACUGAAAUCUACACAUGUUGGUGUUUUCAUUUAAGGAAAUUUCAGCUUGUUUCAGAAUACUUAAUUACCUGCAGAUCUCAGCUUCGAUCUCCCUCAGCCUCACUGUAGCUGCAAGUGAUGCAGUGAACGUUCAGUGAUGUCAGCACAGACCCUGUGACGUGUGCGGCUCCUGAGGGUGCAUGGCCUUCACUCUGCCGGUUGCUUCUUUGUAAGAUACUUGCUUAUUAGGUUAUGGUUUUCAUUUACAUUGUUUCAGGUUCGUCUUAGCCAUUUUUGAUCAUAACUCAUAGAGAACCAAAUAUUUUCAUUGGUUAGAAAAUAAAUACCUGAAGUCUGGUAUUUUAGCUCAUAAGUCAAGAGUUGUUUUACAAAUACAAUAAUUCUGUAGAUGCAGGAAUACUUUUCAGUGUAGACUGUCCCUCUUUUUGAUGUGGCGGUAAGUCAUUUUUCCAUUCAAAGGUGAGACGACAAAUCUUUAGUGCCUUUAGAGUAAACACUGAAAACACAUGAGCUCUUCUACUAACCUAGCUACUCUUAAACCACGGAAGGGAAGGACGAGGACCACGUUACUCAGGAAUAAAGUUUUUACCCCUGAGUGUGGACACUGACAUGUAGACAUAGGUUUUCAGGGACAAGGGGAAACCAGUAGACCAAGAGCUAAGUUCUGCGGCUGGGCCAUUGCUUUUUGGCAGUUUCCUAGCGGUCAGCACAUCCGUCCUGGGGAAAUGGGUGCUCCACAGAGCACCCUGGUGGCUGGCUGGCUGACGGGCUGGGCGUCGCUCAGGAACUCCACUGUGUCACUGUUCUCUGGACAGUUAGACCUCGGGGUUUUUCACAUAGUCACACAACGUAAAAGAACUUAAAGCACCAGAACCAGUAAUGGAGACCAGCCAGGUGAGACUUAACCUUAAGUCCUAUUUAUUGCUGGUGACACACAGGAGAGGCACCUGUCCAGUAUGUUCAGAGGAUAUGAGUCUCUGGGAAAUAAGAUAAUGUUACUAUAUGGAUUUAAAAUACAAUACUUGCAUGUAAUUGCUCUAGUGUGCAUUUUUUGAGGCAGUUGUGGAACUGGUCUGUGAUUAUUGGUGUACUCUUGUAAAUUCAAACAGAGGUUGUUGAAGUUUAUUUUUUUUUUACCUAUUGUUUUCAGAGUGUCUAUUUUGAAUUAAAAUUUGUUAUACCACUACAAA